CCCAUCCUGAUUGGCCCGAGCCGGCCGAAGAGAAUCUCGUCCGUCUUCAACAUCACUUCUUGCCUUUCUUCUCUCUCUCUCUCUCUCCCUCUUCCCUUUCACUUUCACCCACACCCCCCCACUCCUCUCAUCAUUCCGAUUUUAUCUCCCCCCUUCUAACUCUCGCCUUUGCGCCUGCAUUUUCUUCUUCCUUUUCUACCGCCAUCAUGUUCCGCUCCGCCAUCGUCCGCUCUUUGAGGGCUUCCGUGCCUCGUGCCGUCAGAACCCCGGUUGCUUCCCAGAUCCGCAGCUCUCCCAUCGCUCGUCCGGCUCAAUUCGCCCCUCGCUUCGCCUACCAGGGUGUCCGCCUCUACUCCGCCCCUGCCGGUCUCGACAAGACUGAGGUUGAGGGCCGGAUAGUCAACCUGUUGAAGAACUUUGACAAGGUUACCGAUGCUAGCAAGAUCAACGGCGUUUCUCACUUCUCGAAUGACCUCGGACUGGACAGCUUGGACACCGUUGAGGUUGUGAUGGCCAUUGAGGAGGUAUGGAAUGAUUCUUUGGGCUGAUCUGCGUCGCCCAUGGACAAUUGACUAACGGGAUUACUUCCUUGCAGGAGUUCAGCAUCGAGAUCCCC